UCGCUCGGCUCUUCCUUCCGGGCAGCCGGAAGGAAGGAGGGUGGCUAAGAGCGAGGCAGAGGUAGGAGGGGAAGAGUCAGUGGUCGCCAUUUUGGAAAAGCGAGUGGCGCCUUCUUCUUCCUCUUUCUCCGUUUCAGCGGGGAGAUUCGGCGGCCUACAGCGCGCCCUGCUUCUUGUUGUGGUGCCAAAGAACUAGCCUCUCGGCGCUGCCACAAGAAUAAUAUCAGCUGCAGUCGCGAGGCUGAAGCCAAAAGAGGGGCUUUCUUCGCUCUGUUAGCCUGAGGGGAGGGAGAGGGGGGAAAGAGGGGGGGACAAGGGAAGGAACAAGACCCGGAUGUAAGUGGCCAACUGGGGAGCCAGAACGCGGCUAAGUGAAGUCAGGGCGAGGAGGGGAGCCGGGGAGGCUGGCCGGCCGGGCGGGACCGAGGGUCUCCCAAGUGUGGGAGGGAUACGAAUUGGCAGCGGGAGGGUGUCUAGGGGUGGGUGGUUUCUUUUCUGUUAGGGAAAGGGGGUUCAGUUUUCUGUGUCUGGGGUGUGGUGGGCAUGCAUGGACCUUGAUAUGUCUAGGGGGGAGAUCGUGUUACAAUAGAACACGACAUUCACCUGUGGUAUAGAUUGUUUAAAAAAAUUGGGGUGUAAAAAAUACAACGCCCUGGGGUGGGGUGGGGGCAAGAGUGCAUAGCAGCCUCUUCUUGGAAGGAGCUUAGAGGGAAAUUUCCUGAGCAGGGUUGCCUGCACUGUACUGCCCUGUGGUAGAAGGGGGCAGCCAAGAAGUGAAUCUGAGAGUGCCAAAGGGGUGUCCCCACAGGCAGUGGUGCCGCAGUUUGCUGCCGUGUGAGAUGUUCAUCUCGCCCAGUUAACAUCCUUUGUUGGGCCUCUACUUGCGGAAGAAGAAAAAAGGGAAACCAUCGUGCCAAGAGAGGGCCACCACUCAAGGCUCUACCAGGAUUGGCUUUGCUUUGGCAUCUACUGUUCCACGGACUUGAGGAUGGCUGCCAAUAUAGGCGACCAGCUUGCCUCAGAAUGGGCUCCCCAGUACACUCUGGGAAAUGGGACCAGCAGAGAGAAUGGAAUGGAAGGCCCAAUGCAUGAGAACCCUGAAUGGGAGAAAGCCCGUCAAGCACUAGCUAGCAUUAGUAAGGCCAGUGCUGCUGCUAACUCUGGCAAUAACAAAGGUGCCACCAAUGGACAGGCUAACACACAGUAUACAACCCAGCAAGGGGAAUCCUUGCAACAGCAACAGCAGUAUUACCAGUGGUAUCAGCAGUUCAGCUAUCUCUACCCUUAUAGUUAUUAUUAUCCUAUGAAUGUCUACCCUGGUUAUGGAUCUCCUGGGCCAUAUGGUGUCCCAGGCUCUUACUCGUCUCCUACGUCCCAGCAACCACCAGCUCCUGGACAGCACCAAGGAAACAUGAACCAGCCUCCAGUCCCAGGCAUGGAAGAUGGAGGGAUGUCAUACCCAGGCCAACAGCAGCAAAUGCAAGUCCCCAACCCACCACAGUCCCCUAUGCAGCAUCCCAGCCAUCCCUCACAGCAUAGCAACCAUCCCAUGGGCUCUGGGGGGCAGCAGCAGCAGGGUGGGCCUUCUGGAGGGCCGCACUCCCAGCCAAACCAGUACAACCAGCAGCAGCAUUCCUACCAGGAUGCCACCAAGCCCAAGAAAGGGCAGCAGCUGUGGAACCGCAUGAAACAAGCACCUGGGUCUGGUGGUCUGAAAUUCAACCUCCCAAAACGCCCCUUUGUGGUAACAAAUCAGAACUUCAGCUCCUCAGAACAGCAGCAGCAGCAACACAACUUUGGUUCCCAGCAGAAUUCUGAGAAACGCCACAAUCACAGUUCUUCAACAGGGAAGCCAGAAGACUGGCCACAAGACAUGAAGGAGUAUGUCCAACGCUGCUUCACCGCCUGCGAGUCGGAGGAAGACAAAGAUCGCACCGAGAAGCUGCUCAAGGAAGUGCUGCAAGCCAGGCUGCAAGAUGGCACUGCCUAUACAAUUGACUGGAGCAGGGAGCCACUUCCAGGCCUGGGCCGAGACAACAUGGCCGAAAGCCCCAAGAAGAAACAGCAGCGCUGGGAGGUGUCCUCUCUCCACUCCCCACGAACCCCCAUGCAGUCCAGCCUUUCUCAGCAGCAGCAGCAACAACGGAGUGGUGGUGGCAGCUCUCAGCCACAGCGAGGAGGUGCUAGUGGAGGAACUGGGGCUGGUCGGGCUCGUGGGAAUGGCUUCCCCACCAAGUUUGGAAACCGCAACGUCUUCAUGAAGGAGAACAGUUCAUCCUCAAGUGUUGAUUCACGUUCCAGGUCCCGGUCCUCGUCGCGGUCUCCCAGCCGCCACUUCCGACGGAGCGAUUCGGAUUCAGAGAGUUCCUAUUCAGGCAAUGAGUGUCGCUUGGGUGGCCGCAGGAACACCCAGAAAAACCGGGGCCGUGGAGGCCACAUGGAAAGAGGCCGGAUGAGAGCUCAGCGGGGGAAAAGGCAUGAUCAGGGCCCUUCCAAGCGCAACCGGAAACGCAACACCAUGGACUAUGAAGAUCCUGAGAAAGAGUUCAAGAAGGAGCGGCGGGCAGCCCGCUUCCAGCAUGGGGGCCAUUCCAAAAAACUUCGUCUGGAGCCACUCAUUCUGCAGAUCAACAGCCUUGACACUACUGGCUCUGAUGGUCUUGACUGGAAUGAAUUGAAGAUAGUGGGCACCUGCCAGGAGAUCACGAAACAUUACCUGCGUCUCACUUGUGCACCAGACCCCUCUACUGUCCGGCCUGUGUCUGUGCUUAAAAAAUCUUUGACCAUGGUGAAAUCUCACUGGAAAGAGAAGCAAGAUUAUGCCUAUGCUUGUGAACAGAUGAAAUCCAUCCGGCAGGACCUUACGGUUCAAGGAAUCCGUACAGAAUUCACUGUGGAGGUCUAUGAAACUCAUGCCAGGAUAGCACUGGAGAAGGGUGACCAUGAGGAGUUCAACCAGUGCCAGACGCAGCUGAAGUCGCUCUAUGCGGAGAACCUUCCUGGAAAUGUUGGCGAAUUCACUGCUUAUCGCAUCCUUUAUUACAUUUUCACCAGAAACUCAGGGGAUAUCACUACAGAGCUGGCAUAUUUGACGAAAGAGAUGAAAGCAGACCUCUGUGUGGCACAUGCACUUGCCUUGCGAGCUGCCUGGGCCCUGUCCAAUUAUCACCGCUUCUUCUGUCUAUACCGCCAGGCCCCCUGCAUGUCCGGCUACCUCAUUGACAAGUUUGCCGAACGAGAGAGGAAAACGGCCCUCAAAGCCAUGAUCAAAACUUUCCGCCCGGUGCUUCCAGUCUCCUACGUUGUGUCAGAGCUGGCCUUCGAGAGCGAGGAGGAGUGCCAAGCCUUCCUCGCAGCUCUGUCCCUUGUGUAUACUAGCUCCGACGCCACCAAGAUUGACUGCAAGCAGAGCUUGGCGGUCCUGGCCAAUUUCUGAAAGUAUAAGCCCACUGCCCUGCCCUGUUUUUAACAUGUACAGAUAUAUAUGUGUGUGUAUAUAUUUAUACAUAUAUAAAACCAGAUUCAGUUGGCUGCCAUGGGCAUGCCGGAGCCUAGCUGUACCGCGCCUCUCCUGCUGUCCACACCACACACGGAGAGAAGAGGGGUAAGAUCCAAGGACAUCGGAUGGCAUCUGAGACCACCAGACGUGGAGAAGAGCAGAGAGCUCAGUCUAACAAUUGUGUUUUUUGCCAGCAGUGGGGUAGGGAGGUGUCUGGGGAAUGCGUACGCAUCAGUUUACGAUCAUCUGUCUUUUUCUUCCCCUCGUGUCAAGACGAAUGUGAGAACAUAGCUGCAAACCCCUAUCUAUCAUCAUUGGUCAGAAAUCGCUGAGAUAAAGGGUUGGGGAAAGAAACGGGGAUCUUAAAAAUCACUGGGAGAUGUGGAUUUAAUUGCUGUCUCCUUGUGUUUUACAAUCCCUUCACCCUUACAAGAGUGUUCAGGAAGCUAGAAUAUUUCCUCCCUAAGCUACAGGGGGGGACCCCUUGUCUAGGUUUUUUCUAAAACCACAUCAGUAUCUUUCCAGAGGCAUAACUUCAUCUAGAUUUCACUUGGGAAAACUCUGAGAAGUCAGCAGGACACGAGAACAAAUGGUUCCUUUGUGUAAAUAUGUGGAAUAAUUAUUUUGUACAGAAGCUACAAGUUGUAAAUAAUGCUAGGAAAACUGUUGUUUUCUAAGGGAGAAAAAAUCCAUGCUUUUCUACUUUUAUAAUGAUGAGUAACAGAUGGUUUUCUCUGAAGAUGAAAAAUCCAGGUUGUUUUGUGUGCACAUUUUGUGUUCUCCAUUGUACUCAAAAACUAACGCUGUCUCAGUUUUUUCCUCUUCCGAGCUAUGGCCUGGCUCCAAAAGAGCAUGAGAGAGAUGCCACCUCUCCAGUCAAACAAAAAACCAGCCUGAGGGGGAAGAGCAAAGAGAACCUGCCUUCACAAUAUUUCCUACCAGUUCAGAGACUUUUUUCUAUGCAGAGGAGAAUGUAAAAAGACUUCUUUGUAAUUAAACCUCAUGUGGAUGUGGCAACAUGAAGUGAAGAGAAUCAAAUCAAGGCAGUAAGAAGCAACAGCUGUGGAAUUGAAUCAACAUACAAGAUGAUCCUUGCAACCUCUUUUCUGUUGUGUUCUGGAGUUGUCAUGCUCAGUUUUUUAAUUUAUUUUUCCCCCUGUCCUCAGUUCUUUACAGGUAAACUCAGAAAAUGCAUCACCCCAUUUUCACUUUCUUCCGUUACAUUGUUUCAGUUUUGUUUAAAGUUUUGAAAGAUUGUCCAAUUGUCUUCUCCCUUUCUCUUUCUCUCUUCCCUCCUUCCCACCCUAAGUCUCUAGCCUUCUCAUAACCCCUUCCCCACCUCUCUUUUCUCCUUUGCUCUAAUUCCUCCUUUCUCUUUUUGUUUUUGAACAUGUGUAAUUUUGGGAAGUUUUUGCUUGGGCUGGAUUUUUCAAAGAUUCCUUUUUCCUUUUCAGAAACCUCUGAAUUUCCCCCCGAUUAAAAGCAAAUUUUAAAAACAAAAA